CGGAAAGUCAGCCUGUUAGAUCGGUUACAGACGCCGCUGAAUUGAGGUGACAGCUGCGCGGACCAACAAUGGCGGAGUUUCCAACUAUUGCUACAAUCUUCAUAAAAAUUCUGAAGCUUAUUCUUAACAUCAUAGUCCUGAUUCUCUACCGAGUGGGUAAUGAUGGCAGGUUCCUUGGAGUUGGCGGCACAUGGAACCUCAACGAAGAGAAAAAUCCAGACUCCGAAAUUGUUGCUUCUGGCGUCUUUGUUGGUUUCUUCAUAUACACACUUGUAAUCCUUAUCUCCUUCUGUUUUGGAACGACAGAGCAUAAGAAGUCACUUGUGGAGAUCAUCAUGAACUUUGUGGGCUGCUUCAUGUGGAUCGCAGUGGGAGGAACAGCUCUCCACUAUUGGCACGGAUACCUGAGCGAGCACAAGUACACAAGCUUCACCUCCGAGCGGGAAGUCGGCCUGGCUGUGGGCAGUCUCUGUGUGCUGUCCGGUGCGACAUACCUCUUGGACACCGUCCUCAGCUUCUUGCACUUCAGUAGAGAAAAAUAAAUCAAAUUUCACGUAACAAAAGUCAUUUUCGUCUCUUAUCACAUUCACAAUGACAGGCAGUAAAGACUGUUACAAAACAUGACUGAUAGGGAAUUCGGAAAAAGUUGCAGUAUUUUUUUUUGCCAAGAUAUUCGUAUGGUUUUGUGGAAACGGGUGGCACUAAAAGUCACUUUUCGGGAGAACAGGCAACUCUGGACGUUUCUGCGUUAAUGCAUUUCACUAAUUUCGUUAUGUCACUGAAUGAAAAUAAUUGCGUUUAGAGACGUAAGUCGGUUUUUAUUUUAUUCUUUUGGUAGGGAGCAUUUUUAUAUAAUUCUGGCCAAUUUUUACUUGGCUAUAUUUUCUGUAAUAUAAUAUAGUUCAACACUUUCACUGGGCAAUGCAUAUUUAUUUAAAUAUACAGCUUGAAAGAGGAUAUUUCGUAUAACUUUAUGAGUUCUCGAUGAGUUUUACUAGUUAACAUAUUUAAUUAAUUCCAUGGAGCACAGUCAGUCUAGAGAAGCUAGCAGUUGCUUAGCUAUCCAAGAAAUUCACCAUCUUCUAUGGAACUCGAAAGUUCCUUAUUACGUUUAUAACAACCUGGCCAUGAACCUUAAUGGAGCUUGAUGAAUCCAGUCCACACUAUCGCCCUCUAUUUCCAUAAGAUUCGUCUUAAUAUUAUCUUCCCAUCUAUGCCUAGGUCUCCUAAGUGGUCUCUUCCUUUCGAAUCUUCUGAUUAAAAUUCGUAUAUACAUUUCAUUUCAAAAAGAAAUAUGCAAGUAUUUUACAUGAACAAAGCGGCCUCCGUAGUCUAGGGGUAACGUUCCCACCUCAUGACUCAAGGUACGCGGGUUCAAACCCG